CUUUGAGGAUCACUCCUGCGGUUGGAAAGAUGUUAGUCAAACCUCUUAUUCCUGGAGAAGGCAGAUGGCAAACAUUACCUUAAUACCUGGACAGGACCAUACCACAGGAAGUGCAUGGGGUCAUGUCAUGCAUAUAGAUGGUAAGGAAGGAGGUGGUUUGUUUUCAGAUGCUAAUUUGGAAUAUUCUGUUGACCAGGGAGCUGCUCUGGGAUGCCAGAUUAGGUUUUGGUACCAUAUUUAUGAUCAAGAAUCAUCAUCACUCCCAUCAACAUCAGCUCUUACAGUAAAAAUGGUCAGAGACCACACUGAAACAGAUUUACUGAAGAUUUCUGGUGAAACAGAUGGUUGGGAGAAUGCCACAGCGUUAAUUGGGAAUCAGCCAGGAGGAUACAAGCUGCUGUUUUCAUUCAGUCUAUCAAUUUUGGAAAAACUGGAUGUUAUGUUGGAUGAUAUCAACUUUGAAUACUGUAAAGAGGGGGAAAUCCCAGCUGGAGGUACAGAUAACCUUUCAUGUGACUUUGAAAAGGAUACCUGUGCAUGGUACCAUGACUACAGAGCCAGUCUCUUGUGGGAAAAGAGUAAAGGUGGAUAUGAUCGCCCAACUGGGAAUGGCUACUACAUGCUCAUAGAAGCUAAAAGAAACCUAAACAUCUCAUCAGCAGCCAGACUCAUCAGCUUUCCUCAACCUGCCGGUCAAGUGCUUUGUGUGAGUUUCUGGUACCACAUAUUUGGCAACAGCAUUGGGUCACUCAAGUUUAUUGCAAAGCAUUCUGGUGAGCCAGAGACAGUUGUGUGGAUGAGGAGUGGCACCCAAGGAAACAAAUGGCAUUAUGCUGAUCUUACCUUCAACAGCGACAAACCAAUACAGUUUAUGAUAGAAGCUGUUAUGGGAGGUGAACAAGGGAGCAUAGCCAUUGAUGACGUAGUGGUGUUCAGCGGUGAAAAUGGUUCUUGUCCACCAGAGAGAGAGUGCACCUUCCAGGGCUCCCUUUGUGGCCUGCUGCCUCACCCAUCUGCAAACUUUAGCUGGGACCGGAUCACCGGAGAGUCCCAACCAGCCAACUCUUCAGGCCCCAGAGUGGAUCACACACUGGGGACAGAUCAAGGUUAUUACCUGAGCGCCCAAUUGUGGAGCCAUCCUGUGGGGUCCAGAGGUGCAAUGACGAGCGCGGUGCUCGAGCCCACCCCUUCAAAAGGGGAAUGCCUAAUGUUCUGGUACUACAUGGAGGGAAGUGGCGUGGGAGAGCUAAAUGUGUAUCUUCAAACCCUCGGCAGCCACGAAGAUCCCGUCCAGCUCUGGACCAGAGCAGGUGAUCAGGGGAAGCACUGGAGGCAUGGAAGAGUGACACUUCUCAGUCCUCAUAGCACAUAUCAGGUGAUUUUUGAGGCGAUAGUUGGGGAUGAACCAAGCAGAGAUAUUGCCAUUGACGACCUCAUAGUCCUGAAUGAUGCAUGCCCUCCGACGGGUUUUUGUGACUUUGAGAGGGACUUCUGUGGUUGGGUCAACAAUCCUCCCCCAGAGUUUGGAGUCGAGUGGGAUUGGCUCUCUAGCAAAAGUGAUGGCUCAAUGAUUCCACCCAGAGACCACACCACAGGAUCUGCUUUAGGCCACUUUGCAUUUUUCAUGGCAUCCGAUUCUGAUAAAGAAGAAAUUGCCCAACUGGAGAGUGAAUCAAUGGCAGCUGUUGACCAAGCUUGUCUGGAGAUGUGGCACCAUGUUGGAACAUGGCUGUCAAAUAGGCCUUCAGCUAUUACACUGACGGUGUUUGUCAAUGAGGCUGCUGGACUGCGUGCUGUAUGGAAUACAAGUGGAUAUUCGAAUAACACUUGGAUCCGAGACAGGGUGGAUUAUAGCGCAUCAGGCCCUCACCAGAUUAUUUUACAAGCAAGGUGUCCCGCCUCAAAAGAUGAAAGCUUUUGCCUGGAUGACGUUCACAUAAUCAGGAACAUGUCUUGUGAUGACCUCAUUCCAACCACUACACCAUACCCAACCACCACCAUGACCAGUGCUCCUGCCUCAGCCAUGGACUGCACCUUUGAAGAAGGUCUGUGUAACUGGGUCCAGGAGGCCAAUCAUGAUUUGAACUGGACUCUCAGUAUUGGACUUCCAGUUGAUCGACCAUGGGAUGGACCUCAGUAUGAUCAUACUGUUGGGAAUAAUGAAGGUUUCUUUCUACUUAUUAAUGGAUUUGGAUCUAAGGAUGAUGAAAAAGCAGUCAUCUCUGUUCCUGUCAUUACUCGCACAUCACCAAUCUGUGUUGAUUUCUGGUAUCACAUGCUCGGGCCUUCAGUGUCAAACCUGGAUCUGCUGGUUCAAACACAAUCAUCUGAACUCUUAGUUUGGACUCGUCGGGGAACGCAGAAUCCAGAGUGGAUGAAUGCGAAAGUAACCCUCAGCAUGAAUGACAUAGUACAGAUUGUGUUUAGUGGUCAAAGAGACACCAGCAGUCAAGGAUUCAUUGCUAUUGAUGAUGUUAAAGUUAGAGAGGGGGCCUGCAGUAAUCACGAUGUGUGCGGGUUUGACUCGGACUUGUGUGGCUUUGAGAAUGAUGUGAGUCAUUUGGGUCGCUGGAUUCGCAGAAAAGGAACAAAGCAUCAUGUGGAUCACACAUAUGGAACUGAGAAUGGUUUCUACAUGAUGGUAACAUCAAAUUCUACACAGGGUGAGAUCGCUGAGCUGUUCACACCAGAUUUACCUUCAGCUAAAGAAAUGUGUGUUCGUUUCUGGUACUGGUUACCCACAGACUCCUCUAGCAACCUCGCUGUCCAUAUAAGACAAAGCGCAGAAGUUGGUGAUGUCCUCUGGCAGCAGACUGGAGGGCUCUCUACAGGCUGGGAGAUGGCAGAGGUCACGGUGUCAUCGCCUACAAAAUUUAAUGUGGUGUUUAAGGCUGUUCAUGUGCCUGGCACGAAUACCACAGUGAAAAUUGAUGACUUUUCUGUGAGGGACGGAGCCUGUAGUCCUGCGGGUAGCUGUGACUUUGAGUCUGGACAAUGCACCUGGGUCAACAUCCUCAAAGAAGAUGGACAUGACUGGGUGCUGGCCAGAGGAGGCUUCCACGGUCCACCAACAGACCAUACCACUCAGACCCCGGAGGGUUGGUUCCUGUUGAGCUCGUCACCAAACCAAAGUCACAGCAGUGUUGCACAGGUAGUGUCUGAAUGGAUCCAACUUAAAGACACCACAUCCUGUCUCACCUUAUGGUACCACAUGGACAACAGCGACUCCGGGACUUUGCAGGUGUUCAUACGUUCAUGGCCGUCAGAGGAGGAUCUGAUGUUCCACAGUAACAGCAGUGAGAGCCGCUGGAGAAAGUUCUCUCAGUCUGUAGAGACGUCCAAACCUUUCCAGCUGCUGAUCGAGGCAGAGACUAAGAGCAGAGGAUUCAUUGCUAUUGAUGACAUUGGUCUCACACCAGGCCUCUGUCAAGUUAAUGAAACAGAUUUGGGGUUUGCGGGUUGCUCGUUUGAGAAUGGCACAUGUAACUGGGAGGACAUCAGUGUUGGCCAGUGUCGGUGGACAAGAGGAAGGAAUGUUACUGGGAAUACAGGACCGCCCGUGGACCACACUCUGGGCACUAAUCUUGGCAAGGCCAAAUACACACACUAA